GGGGAGAAAUAGAAGAUGUACUUUCUCCCUUCGGGAACUCUAAAAUCAAAUAAGAGAAGUGAGGUUUUGAAUGAAGAAUGUGAUCAGAACUGGUACAAGGCAGAGCUCAAUGGGAAAGACGGCUUCAUCCCCAAGAAUUACAUAGAAAUGAAACCACAUCCGUGGUUUUUUGGCAAAAUCCCCAGAGCCAAGGCAGAAGAAAUGCUUAGCAAACAGCGGCACGAUGGGGCCUUUCUCAUCCGAGAGAGCGAGAGCGCCCCUGGGGAUUUCUCCCUCUCCGUCAAGUAAGUAAUUUGCUACUCUGA